AUGGUUGCUGAAGGUGGCGCACCGGAUGAUAAUCUUUUUAGAGCCUUUAUAAACGCUGUGUAUAACACAGUAGACGCGCCAGUAACAUGGUUUCGAGAAAGAGUGGUGGAACCUAACCAAAAGAAGUAUCCUUGGUAUCAUCGCCAAUUCCGUCGCGUGCCAACAAUUGACCAGUGCUAUUCCGACGAUGUUGUUUGCGACUUUGAAGCGACUGCUCAAUUUAAAAGAGACAGAAUGGUUGAUUCUGAAAUCCUGAACAUUAUUCGUAUGAGAUUUGAGGACUGCAUGCUCUAUGAAGCCCCUGAUCAUAUUACCAAAUGCAAACCACUUUGGGAACGCUAUAAGGAUGCUGAAGAAGCCUGGUUCAUAAAAUAUGGUGACUUGGGAGCAUAUGGUGAUGCCCGUAAAGCAUAUAUGAAACAAAAACACCGCAUGAUUUGGGAGAGGCGCCACGGCCCUCUGUCUGAACAGACAAAGUGA